UCCACUGCAAUUUCCCAGCAUUCCAAAUAACAAACUCCUCCUUCUCCCCCAUCUCUCACUCCCUCUCUGCCUACUGAGUGAUUUUUCUGAGCAAGUUUAAUUUCCCUUAAACCAGCAAAAUGAAGCAAAAGGUGGUUAUCAGAUUAUUUUUGAAUGGAAACGAUCAGAAAUAUCGGACCAAGGCCUUCAAAAUAGCUGUUUCUCAGCCAGGUGUGGAAUCAGCAGCAAUGACGGGGCAAGAAAAGAACCAAUUAGAAGUUGUGGGGGAGAUAGAUGCGGCGGAUCUGACGAGCUUGCUCAGGAAAAAUUUAGGGCAAGCAGAGCUAGUGAGCGUUGGCCCAGCUGGUGGCGGCGACAAGAAAGACGAUAAAGCUUCUGAUGCAAAGACUCAAGCUGCAGCUGCGGUGGCUCAGCCCCAACCCGCCUUAUACUAUUAUACCUAUCCUCAAUACCCUCCUGUUUACCAAAUUGGAGAUUCAUAUGAUCAAUCUGGCUGUUCCAUUAUGUGAUUUCGAAUGCCAAAUUGGAUUAUUCGAGUAUACUGGAAGGUCAAACUUAGUAUUCGAGCAUCUGGUCUGAUCCGUCCAGAGAGUUUAAUGGAUUUUGUUGUUUUCUUUCUUCUAUUUUGCCUUUAUGGAUCUUUUGUAUAUACCCCUUUCAGUUUUGAUCAUUAUAGUGAAUAUAAGAAUUAUUGGAUAAUUCAUUUCAAUAA